CGGAGGCUCAGCUGAGAUCCCAAACACGACCCGCCGUGGCCAGCGUCGCUCUGUUUUGGUCUGUAUUCCUCCUCCGCCUGGACUUUUGCGCUUCAAACGGUCCUCAGCACUUCCACUGCCAGACGCUUCCAGCUCCCCGCCUGCGCGCCGCCGAGCUCCUCCUCCGGUCUUGUCGACGUCGUCUUAUCCUCUCACGCCGCCCGCCGCCAUCCCGGCCUCUCAUUCGCUUGUUUACAUCACCCUUCAAACUUGAAACUCGGAACUCCCAGCUGGCCGCAGAUUUCAGGACCGAAACCUGCCCGACCUUGCGAAUCAUCGCUGCCACACUCGGCGACCGCUCGCGUUUGCCGCGCUGCAUGUUCUGAGCCCUCCCUCUGUGUGUUUGGCACCGUCCAGAACAUCGCAAUGUCCUACAACCGCCUCGGCUCGCCGCACGGGGGCAGGGACAACGGCGACGACUACUUCAGUCGAUACGACGAGAGAAUGGCCUCCCCAAAUCAGGCUGGACGCGGCACGCCUGGCUCCCACAGACCGAUACAACUGGAAGAUAGACCUUAUUAUGGAGGCAACCAGUCCCCGCUAGAAAUUCCCAUGGGUCCGGGCCCCUUGGGCAGAGUGGGCACUCCAAGCGAUAGACUUCAGGGCCAACCAACCUACUCGGUGGAGAACGUCGGCAACUCGUACGGACACGCAGAGCGCUACGACCAAGACUACCCACAUCAGCCAGGCAGCUACAGCAUCAAUCCGCUCGAGCACCACGACGCCUACUACAACCAGCCAUACGACCCCAACCACGGUCCGGAUCCACCGUAUUGGCAAGAUGACCACGACCAGCAACCAAUGCUACACUCUCAAACCUCGUACGGUCCAGAUCCCACCGCCACCCCAUCACCCAUGGAUGAGCCCUAUCACGAUCAUCCGCCCGCACAAACGCCUACACCGCAGCCCGUAUCGCAGAUCAGGAGGUGGAAAACAGUCAAGGAAGUGCAGCUGUUCAACGGCAACUUGGUGCUGGAUUGUCCCGUUCCUCCGCGACUGCUAAACCAGGUGCCCCACGCCGAACCACCGGAGCGUGACGAGUUUACACACAUGCGGUACUCGGCCGCGACAUGCGAUCCGUCCAACUUCUACGAAGAACGCUUUACGCUGCGUCAGCGUCUGUUCGCCAAGCCCCGACACACCGAACUCUUUAUCGUCAUCACCAUGUACAACGAAGAAGACGAGCUCUUCGCGCGCACCAUGAUUGGUGUGAUCAAGAACAUCGAGUACAUGAAUUCGAGGACGAACAGCAAGACAUGGGGCAAGGACGCGUGGAAAAAGAUCGUCGUUUGUGUGGUUAGUGACGGUCGUGCCAAGAUCAACCCGCGAACGCGAGCUGUGCUUGCUGCCAUGGGCGUUUAUCAAGACGGCAUAGCCAAGUCGUACGUCAACAAGAAGGAGGUCACGGCGCACAUUUAUGAGUACACGACGCAGAUGACGCUGGAGAUCAAGAAGAACGUGGUCAACGUCAAGCGCGGCAACACCCCCGUGCAGAUGCUUUUCUGCCUCAAAGAGAAGAACCAGAAGAAGAUCAACUCGCACAGGUGGUUUUUCCAAGCCUUCGGCGAGGUCCUGCAGCCCAACGUCUGUGUCCUCAUCGACGCUGGCACUCGUCCGGGGAAGGAUUCGAUCUACAAGCUCUGGAAAGCCUUCGAUGUCGAGCCGCAGUGCGCUGGAGCCUGUGGCGAGAUCAAGGCCAUGUUGGAGCACGGCAAGAACCUUCUCAACCCCCUCGUCGCGACGCAGAACUUCGAGUACAAGAUGAGCAACAUCCUCGACAAGCCCAUGGAGUCAGCCUUUGGCUUCAUCUCCGUGCUCCCCGGUGCGUUCUCUGCCUACCGCUACAUCGCACUUCAGAACGACAAGACGGGCAACGGCCCGUUGGAGAAGUACUUCGCAGGUGAAAAGAUGCAUGGUGCCAACGCAGGUAUUUUUACGGCCAACAUGUACCUUGCCGAGGACAGAAUCCUGUGCUUCGAGCUGGUCAGCAAGAGAAAUUGCGCGUGGAUCUUGCAGUACGUCAAGGGCUCGACCGGCGAGACCGACGUGCCCACGGAGAUGGCCGACUUCAUCUUGCAGCGAAGGAGAUGGCUCAACGGCUCUUUCUUCGCUGCCGUAUACGCGUUGGCGCACGCGUAUCAAAUCUUCCGCAGCGACCACUCCAUGAUGAGGAAGCUGAUGUUUUACGUGGAGUUCUUCUACCAGACAGUGUCUAUGAUUUUUGCCUGGUUCGCUUUGGGCAACUUCUUCCUGGUCUUCCGUAUCCUCACCGACUCCCUGAAAGCUAGCAAUCUGCUCGGCACUGCCGGAAAGAUUCUCUCCAUCAUCUUCGAAUGGGGCUAUCUUGCCACGCUCAUAACAUGUUUUGUGCUCGCUCUCGGCAAUCGUCCACAGGGCUCGAAUCGUCUGUACAUGACGAUGGUCUAUUUCUGGGCCAUCAUCAUGGCCUAUCUUAUGUUCGCCUCGAUUUUCAUCACCGUACGAUCCGUGCAAUCCGAAGUGGCGGAUGGAUUCAAAGUCUCGGAUCUGUUCAAGAACACGGUCUUCUCGACGCUGAUCGUGAGCAUGUGCUCAACAUACGUGCUUUACAUUGUCGUGUCCUUGCUUUUCUUCGAUCCCUGGCACAUGUUCACCUCCUUCAUCCAGUAUCUGCUCUUGACGCCAACGUACAUCAACAUCCUCAACGUGUAUGCCUUUUGCAACACGCACGACAUCACGUGGGGUACCAAAGGUGACACCAAACCCGAGAAGCUUGGUGCCGCCUCCGUCACUGCCGACGGUAAGAUCAAGGUUGACGUGCCCACGGAAGACGCGGACUUGAACACGCAGUACGAGAAGGAACUUCGCACAUUCGCCACCAAGUACGAGGUCCCAAAGAAGGAACCGUCGCCGCAGGACAAGCAGGAAGAUUACUACAAAGGCUUCCGUUCGGUCGUCGUGCUGGCAUGGAUGUUUAUGAACCUUGCCUUGUGCGCCGUCGUGCUCAGCACAGGUGGUCUGCAGGUCUUGGUGAAUCCCGAGGAUCAACAAAAGGAGACAGAUCAGAGGGCAAAAAUCUAUCUGAGUGUUGUCCUGUGGAGUGUUGCUGGACUUGCGGCGUUCAGAUUUGUGGGCGCUGUUUGGUUCUUGAUCGUCAGAAUGUUCCGUGGCAUUUAGUCAAUCAGUUAAGCCUUUUGGUGAUUUUUUUUUUAAUUCUCUCACACGGAGUUGGCAUACGAUUGCCAUGCCAUGUACUGUUGAAUUGGCACAAUGUGCUGCUCUAUUCACGAACUCUGGAACGUGGUCAUGAGCUGUAUAUAUGAUACCUUAUUCUGCGACGGCGUGUAUUCUUAAAACAGCAUGUUGAAUGUAAGGCAUUGAUAUACCGAUCCGCACGUGCUGCCCGUUGUUCUCGGACAAUUACU